AUGUACAACCUUAAAAAUUUGUAUACUACGUACUCAAACACAGAGGGAGCGUGCGGAUACGGCGACGUAUUCCAGAAAGGCUACGGCGUCGAGACGGCGGCCCUCAGUACUCCGCUCUUCAACGACGGACUGACCUGCGGAGCAUGCUACGAGCUGAAAUGCGUCAACGACGCCACGUGGAAAGGCUGCUACCAAAACGCCCCCACAAUCCAAAUCACCGCCACAAACCUCUGCCCGCCGCACUCCACCGGCGGCUGGUGCGACCCGCCGGCGAGGCACUUCGACCUCACCAUGCCCAUGUUCGUCAAGCUGGCCCCCGCCGUCGCCGGCGUCGUCCACGUCAGCUACCGCCGGGUCCGGUGCGGGAAACAGGGAGGCGUGAAGUUCGAGAUCACCGGGAACCCGAACUGGAACCUGGUGCUGGUCUACAACGUUGGCGGGGCCGGCGACGUGAACAACGUGAGGGUAAAAGGGUCAAAUACGGGUUGGAUUCAGAUGCAGAGGAAUUGGGGGCAGAAGUGGGACACCAAGGGGGUUGACUUGAGGGGCCAGGCGUUGACUUUUCAGGUGGUGACGAGCGACGGGGCGUUCAAGGUGUUUCGUGACGUGGCGCCGGCGAGUUGGCAGUUUGGGCAGACUUUUGAUGGCAAGAUCAACUUUUGA